GCGCGCAGUUCGGGAGGUGAGGUCAGGCGUUUCCCCUUUAGCUGGCCCAAGUCUCGAGUGUUUUUUUACCCUCUGCGAACACCGAGAGGUUUAUUACAGUUCUAUCAGAGGGGAUAUUACACGUUCGGGUGGAUGCACACGGACUCGGUGCGCUGAGCAAAACACGCACGGUGGUUUAUCUAGGAAAAGAGUGAUGGUGGACAAUUCCAGUAGCAGCAAAGCGCAAGUGCCCAGCUUGUCUCAGGACAGCAGUUUGGCUGGUGCAUUUUCCCAGGCGGCUUUCGGAAGUUCGGCUGGAGUCAAACUGGAGGCAGUUAUGGAGCAGCUCCAGAGACAACAACAAGCUAAACUGGAGAUGGAGCGCAAGGAGAGACACUUCAGGGAAGCCCAUAUUCUGUAUGCCCAGCAGCUGGCUGCACAGCAAGCAAUCAUGGCCUCCAGAGCUCAGGGUGCCCCAUUAACCCCCGAUUUCUACAGCAAAAACUCCAGAGACAGAGCGCUGAAAGGUGGCCAAGGGCCUCAAGCUGUCAGGGGACCCAUGAAAACCAGUCCUGACCAAGUACAUGAGGAAGAUGCCGCUGAUGAGAUGGACAGAGGAAGAGGGUCCGAGGGGGACGAAGACGACGAUGAUGAAAUGAUGGAUGGAGAAGACGGUAGCGAAGAAGAGGAAAGCGAAGGCUUGGAGUUCCUCAGGAAGCAAAGUCUUGCGCUUCAGCAAGCAUCUGUCGGAGUUCCUCCGUAUGCGUUCCCCGUCUACGCUGCAUCGUCAUCCACUGCUAAAAAACAUCCCGUGUCGCCAACCAAGGUGAAAGAGGAGCCCGACGACUCUCUUACCGACCAACAAUCGUUCAACACCCCAAACGGACUGAAUGAUUGGAGUCUGGAUGACUCGUUCAAACAGAAUGGAAAUUCAAGUUGGAACGAGGAAGGCGAGGGUGGGAAAAGCCGAGGAGAGGCCUCCAGAGACUUUGCCAAGCUUUACGAACUGGACAACGACCCAAAACGGAAGGAGUUCCUCGACGACCUUUUUGCAUACAUGCAGAAACGAGGUACUCCUGUGAAUCGAAUCCCCAUCAUGGCCAAGCAGGUGUUGGAUCUGUACAUGCUUUAUAAGCUGGUGACCGAGAAGGGAGGUCUGGUGGAGGUGAUAAACAAGAAGAUCUGGAGGGAGAUCACCAAAGGCCUGAACCUGCCCACCUCCAUCACCAGCGCCGCCUUCACCCUGCGCACACAGUAUAUGAAGUACCUGUACCCAUACGAAUGUGAGAAGAAGGGUCUGAGUUCCCCUGGAGAGCUGCAGGCAGCCAUCGACAGCAACCGCAGAGAGGGCCGUCGCCCCGGAUACAGCAACAGCCUGUACCGCUUCUCCCCUUCUCCCAGUGCCUCAGGCCCUCACCUCCUCUCUCCUCCCAAAAUGCACCUGCCAGCAACGGGACAUAACGGACUGCAGGCCACCCCCAGUCCUGCCCUGAAGAAAGCCUCAGUCCCAGAGGAUGGUCCAGCCUCCAUGUUGCCUGGUCGACUCCCCUUAGCACUGGCUCUCGGGCAUCAGCAGCAGCUGGCACGCGCCGCCACCCUGGAGCAGCUGAGGGAGAGGCUGGAGACCGGCAUGAAUGCGGGGGCCGCCAUGCUGGAGGGGCCCGAGAGGAAGAUGGCUCGUCUGGCGGAGGAGCAGCAGAGGCUACUGCAGCAGGCUUUCCAACAAAACCUGCUAGCCAUGGCAUCACAGGUGAACCCCGCCACCCUGCGGAUGACCAACAACACCAACACCCGCGAGGAAAAACAGGACCUGUCUCUCAGCAUUUCUUCUAAUGGCUCUGCUAGCAUUACUGUGUCUGUGGAGGUCAACGGGAUUAUUUACUCAGGAUCCUUAUAUGCUCAGAAGUCUGGAGCUGUUCCCACUGCUGUCACAUCCAUGUUCCCAGGCCAGACCUCCACCUUCAGUCCCGGAAUCCCCUCUUCCUCCUCCUCUUCCUCCUCAAAGGGUCCUGACUCUGUGGAGCCGGCCACAGGAGUGUCACCCUAACUGUGACCAGCUCCCUGAACCAAACAGCCAGUCAGUCCAACCCAAACUACAGUCUUUCCUCCGAGCGGCGGGAGACGUUCUGCCCUCUAGAGGCGACACAGCAAAUCCCAGUCUGCCUCCAGCACAAACCACAGCUGUGUUUUCCUUCCAGUUAAGGGAGGACCACACACAUACACUUUUACAAACUCAUCAGCUGUUGAAGCUCAUCACGGACCCCACCUGCUCUUUUCUACAAGAUGUUUUCUCAGGACUGAGAAGGUUUUUAAGAGAUGUUUGAUUCAACAGAAUACCUCAGCUGUCUUAAUCUCAGUGCUAUCGUGAGUGUAAACAUCGUGUAAUCAUGCCUUUCCACACCCACAGUCAUUCACUCACAGAGAUGUGCGAAGCAAUCAUGGCAUGAUCAAAUCUACAUCUGCCAAAAUCACAUUUGUGAGGUUGUGGUUGACGCUUUUUUUUUUUUUUUCUCUCUUUUUUGCUGUCUAUUAAUUCUCUUAUUUAAAGUUUGCUGAAUUUACCUCAUCUGCAGUGAAUUUAAAAGACUCAGGAUCGAUUAUGAUACUGCUGUGUUGCUCUUUGUCGAAUUUGAUGGAUUUUAAAACACGCUACAAUCCCCAUCAAGUGUUGCAAAGUUGGUUUUGGUAGGAAAAGGGGUCACAGAUAUUUUUCCUUUUUUAAAAGUUAUAUACUUGAUUUUAUUGUUUUCUAUUUCAGUUGUUUUUUAGCUUCUAGAUACAGAAAUAUUAAUAUGAUUUAAAAAGAGUUUUAAUUUUAAAAC